UCUCUACCUACACCUGUUUACCAAUUGGGAAAAAGUAUUAAAACUUUUAAUAAUCAUAAAUGCAUGCAACCAAAUCCAUAUCGAAUAAUUUGGGAUCUUGAAUCUUUGACUAUAAAAUUAACUUCAGAAGAAGAUACCCAAUUAACUCGGACUGAAAAAAUUCAGAAACAUAUUCCAUGUGGAUAUAGUUAUGUAGUUAUUCGAAUGGAUGGUUCAUACAAUUAUGAGAUUAUAAGCCAUGAUUUAUAUAGAGGGCCAGAUGAAUUGCAAAGAUUC